AUGAUCAGCGCACUCCAGUGGAUCGCGCGCGGCAAGAGCCUGCCGCAUCCCAAGAAGUAUGUGCUCGACGACGACGAGAUGGACCGCGUGUCCAAGAUGGCCAACGUGCGCUUCGAGGAUGCCAAGGAGCAGCUCGAGCGCGUGCAGCGCGACAUUGCGCGCGGCAAGGACCCCUUUGCCGCCAACGAGGGUGGCGAUGACGAUGGCGAGUGGCAGGACGAUGAGGGCGACGACGACAUGAAGGAUGACGACGAUGCCAUGGCCGAUGCAGCCACCGAGGCCGCCAAGACGGAUGCCAAGGAGGAUCCGGACGAUCUGUCGCGCUACAACCUCGACGAGUACGACGACGAUGCGGCGGGGCAGGCUACUGCUGGAGCGUUCAGCAACAUCCGUGGGCUGGCGGUGUACCAGAGCAACGAGGAUGAUCCGUACAUCACCGUGCAGGAGGAUGCGGAGAAGGACGAGGACGAGGAGCGCGAGGAGCUCGAAAUCUACCCGACGGACAACCUCAUCAUCACCGCCAAGACCGAGGACGACGUGUCGCAGCUCGAGGCGUACGUCUAUGCUGCCAACGAUGCGAACCUGUAUGUGCAUCACGACCUCAUGCUGCCUUCGUUCCCGCUGUGUCUCGAGUGGCUCGACUACGCGCCGGCGCGCGGUGGGGCGGACCAGAACACGCCCGCGAAACCCGCGGGUUCGGCGGGCAACUUUAUCGCCGUCGGAACCAUGGAUCCCGAGAUCGAGGUGUGGAGCAUGGACGUUGUCGACGGCAUGUAUCCGGACGCCAUCCUCGGGCGCAAGUCCGAGACGGACCAGCUGAAUGCGCCGCUGGGGACGGGCAAGAAGAAGCGCAAACAGAGCAAGGCCCGUAUUGCCAACGACGCCUUCCACGUGGAUGCGGUGCUUGGGUUGAGCUGGAAUCCGGUUGCGCGCAACCUUCUCGCUUCCGCAUCGGCGGAUAGUACGGUGAAGCUGUGGGAUCUUUCGCGACCGCAUACCUCGGACGAUUCGACGGCGUUCCGAUCGUUCAACCAGCAUACGGACAAGGUGCAAUCGGUUGCAUGGCAGUGCAAAGCCUUGGGUGGUUCUGGAUCGUCUUCCGCCAACCCGGCCGUGUUGUUGACGGGAUCGUACGACAAAACGAUGCGCAUCUUUGACACGCGCACACCCGACACCGCUGCGGUUGUCCGGAUCGGUAGUGAUGUGGAAAGCGUUGUGUGGAAUGGAUGGAAGUCGGACGAGUUCCUAUGCUCUCUCGAGUCGGGAAUCGUCCAAGCAUUUGACAUUCGAUCGCCCUCGAGUGCAAGUUGGACGCUACAGGCGCACGAUACCGCCUGUACGGCUGUUGACAUCUCGCCCCACAUUCCUGGGUGUAUUCUGACCGCUUCGAGCGAUCGAUCGAUCAAGCUGUGGAAUCUGGCUACUAGCGCAGAGGCUGCACCGUCGAGUAUCAGUCUGGUGCUGGCGCGUGAUUUGGGCUUGGGCAAGAUUUUUGCUGCCAAGUUUAGCCCCAACGAUCCUCUGACCCUCGCCGCCGCAGGAAGCGCCGGUCAGAUGCAGGUCUUCAACGCCCUCUCCAACUCGGCCGUGCGCAAGACGUACGCCGACAGACUUAGGAAACUUACCGGCGACGCAAAGGUUGACCUCGACGGGACCGAACCCAGCCGUGGCGACGGAAUCGUCCGUGUCGAAGACGAUUCUGACGACGACGACGAAGCCGACGACAUGCAGGACUAA